UUACCGAUACAAAUUAAAAAAGUAAACAAAAAUAAUGCAUAAAUUAACCUUUAUCACGUUUUGUUCACAGAUACGACAUCAACAUAGCAGCUAGGAGCAGCAGAAUAAUUUCAUAUCCUUGUAUUGCUGAAGAGAUUUGCAAAAUAUUUCAUUCUUAUGGAUUCUACGUACAAUGAGUAUACCUGUUUCAGAUUUAGCGAACAAACUUCGCUUACGACGCCUUUUGAAUCAAAGUCGUAAUCGUGAGGGUGUCAUACAGAAAAAUCUGAAGCCUUUGAAAGAGAAUGUUUCUAAGAAGAGGAUGGCUCAAACCAAAUAUUACAAUAAAUGUAAUCAAGGUAGAAGCCCGUUAUUGAAAGAUUUAGAUGCCAAGUUACCUGUACAGGAGAGAUUAGGAUUUCAUACGAGUACUAAAAAGAAAGUACCGAUUUUGGGAACUAGUACUAAUAUACUGAUGCCUAGAAAAAAUCGUAGAUUUCAGCGAAGGUGGAAUCAAUCCAGUGUGCAAAACGUUAGGAACAGAAAAUUUCGUAAUAGUACUAUUACUCAAAGACUGGGAAACCCCAAUAAACUGUCUUCAUUUAAAAUACAAGUUUUGACAGGUUCCGCAGGGACUCGAUCUAAUUCUAGUCAGAGAUUCCAAUUAACGUUAAAUCCAACGGUCCAGUUGGAAAUCAAACAAAUCCAAAAUUCCAGUCCAAGACAAAUAUUUCAUGGACUUCAUCCCAUAAUUCCAGUAGCUACUGGCAUUCCUUUGAAUCAUAGAUUCACCAGUUUGACCUGAUGAUUGUUGGAAAUUAUUAUUUAUUUAAGUUUGAGAACAGAUAACUAUGUUGAUGAGUUGUGAAUUACUUUAAUGAUUUAUGUUUGUUUUUUGCAGAAAAAGAAUUUUGUUUUGUUUGGAUUUCAAGUUUUGUAAAUGAAAUGUUUAUAUUUUAAGAAAAAUAUAUUUUUCAUAGAA